AUGUUGAGUAGCUGGAUGGAUCGGAUAGCAGUGGGACUCUACGUCGUCGUAGUUACAAGUAGCUUUAGAAGAGAGGCUCUGCUGGGGGGAAGAAAAAUCAAGACUACGAGGGAUCCUCUGGAGCGGAAUUGGGUAAAUUAUGGUGGUGCAGAGUGCAUGUGUAUAGCUGGCUGCAGAACGACGUGGGCCGAGAUCUUCGGGGAGGAUUUUCCUUGGCAGUCUGAAAGGAAGUAA